AACUAGUUUCACCAUGGAUGAUCAAGAAAUGUCCUUGGAUUCCCCAGCAGAUGAUUUUACCGCCGUGCAAUCUCCUGACAAACAGCGAGCAUCUCUUCAGACUUAUCUCGACUCGCUGCCCUACGAAUGCGAAUCUGUUGACGAGAUGCGGGCUCACCUCGAGCGCAUAGUCGGAAAGUUGAUCAUCUGCGCAGAGUCCAGGAACUGGCUCGUUAUGACAACAUGGGAUGCAAUGCUGCAGUGCUGGCUUCUCAUGCGAUAUCCCAUGCCCAAGUCGACUCGGGCCAAGUUGGUCAGGUUGUAUUAUGAGCUAUGCCUUGUCCCAGGAAUCGAAGCGCGUGUCACCAGAAGCUGGGCAGAUAUGCUUUCCCGCCUCCUCUCAAACAAAGCAGGAUCAAGGCGCAAACUAGAGGCCACCGAUUUACAGCUUCCUUGGAAGCCUCUUUGGCGUGUUCUACGGAAUGAGCUGUGGCCUAAAAAGAGGUUGCAUGACUCCUCACGCAAUGUCGUGAAUAUUCUACUUUACGUUGCCGAGCAGUGCAAGCGCUACUUCUCUGAUGAUGACAUAAAUGAAAUGCUUUCAACUUUUUUGCCAUUAUUCACUGCUGAUACACAUCUAACGAUGACCCCAGUUUUGACGUCUUUCCUUCCGCCUGCAUGUCCUCAUUUCUAUAUGCCAGUGCUAUUCAAAAUAUGGGAGGCCUUCAAUUCUUUCGUGAUGGACGACAGACUCCUUGAGAUGGUAGGUAACCUCUGCGAAGAACAUGUUGCUGGAAAGUCAGGCAUUGCCGGUGAAAAAGGCGGUGCCGUCUGGAAGGACAUUGGAAUAUGGUCCGAGGAGGAGUGGACAAUGCUCGUUAGCAAAGGGCUCGCGUCUAUGAACGUUCCUGUCGGAAAGACCAGAGUAAGCUUUAAGAGAGAGAAAAUGAAGAUAUACGGUGCUAGCACAACCUCCGUGCAGGCUGAUGCAUCGGUCGGACAAGACAUCAAGAUAAAGAAGAACAUAAGCCGACAAAGUGCCAUUGCCAAGCUAUUCGUGUACUCUAUGGCAGUAGAUGGACCUGUGCGUAUUGACUCCGAAACCGUGUCAGCCCAAGGACCGUCGAAUCCACGCUCAGGAUAUCUAGCCGGUUCGAAAGCCUUAGAAAGCUUAGAUAGGUUUAUCACAAGCACGGAGACUUUCUUCCAUCCGUCUAACUCUGGCCCAUGGACCGUAAUUCUAACUAACCUCUUCCACUGUCUUACUCUUGAAUUCAGUAAGCGCUGGCACGAGGAAGAGCAGCGUGAUUGUAAAACGCCUGUGACUCACCGUUUAACACCUGCCAUUCGCCGACAGUUUGUUAAAACACUCCAAACACCUGCUUUAUUGGCCAUGUUCUCCAAAGACCCUCUUUCUUUGGGUUACGCUCAAGGAGCACUGCGUAACUUAGCGUUGCUCGAACCCGGUCUUAUAAUGCCAGAGCUCCUCGAACGUGCAUACGGUGGAUUAGAAGUUGUAAAUGAAACUCACAGAACUACUGCAGUUUUAAGCAUGUUAUCAGGGAUCACUCUCCCAAUGGUAACUGAGAAGAUUUGGCGGGGAGGUCAGAAGCAUGUCGCACCACUAUUGGAGUUAUGUAUUCCCGGGAUUGAUCUGAAUGAUCCGGUCAAGACUGUAUGUGCUACAACGUUCAUUGCGAGUGUACUCCAAUACAUCAAGAUUGGCGACCUUUCAAUGCACCAUUCAGGACACGCACUGUCCGGCUAUGCACCGGGCGAAGAUGUCACAGAUUUCGAUGGAGAUAUCGUGCUACCCGAAGGUGUUGACAGCGGACAAUUCCCUGUUCUUAGCAGAGAAGAAGAGCGGACGCUCGUUAGGGAGAGUACGGCUGGGUUUGCAGACUGGGUGACGUCUCUGUUCAGAAGAAUCCUUGCUUUAUACGAGAAUCUCCCGGAAGAAGGUGGAAAGAAGAAUACAACUGGUGGGAAACAGGAGGAAACAGCUCUCAAGUCGAUAAAGAGCAUGCUGAAUGUGGUUUGCUCACACCUUUCGGACCAACUCUUUGAUCUCGUGUUGAAGCUUACAUUCGACUAUGCAACGACUAAUGCCAAGUCUAACGCUGUAAGGGCUUUUGGUCAGCUUAUUGCAUGUCUAGCGCGAGCGAAACCCCAACAAACUAUAGACAAGUUCUUGCCGUUCUGCAUUUCACAAAUCCAAGAAGAAUUAAAGCAUGGUGCUUCGAGCAUCCGAACAACGUCUACACACGACACUGUACCAUCCGAUACAACGUUGCACUGGAAUAUCACGAUUCUCCGCGGAUGUCUCGGAUAUGGAAGUCAUACUCUUCUCAAGCACAAGGAAGAAAUAAUUGGCCUUUUAGUCUUGCUGGUAGAAAAAGCCAAGAGUGAACGUGGAUAUUCUGAAACUGGCCAUUUGGUGACGCGCAUGCUCUAUACGCUGGCUGGAAUUUAUCCGCUAAAUGUCCGAUUUGUCAAUGACGAGGAAUGGAAGAGUGAGGACCUCGAUAAUAAUCAUAAUGCUUCAUGGGGCAAGUUGUACGAGGCGAAAGACGUUAAGAUUGAAUGGCAUGUACCAAGCGAUCAAGAAGUACAGUUUGUGCUGGACAUUCUGAAUAGGAUAGCAUCGCCUGCCUUGGAUAAAAUAGAUGUUCUAUUGGACGUUCCAGGGCAAUGGGAUGGUGUUGCUCGUAAUGAUUUCUGUCGCUACCUCAACGUUGUGAAGUCCAUAUGGAGUGGUUUGCCCACCUUUUAUAAGGAAAGCUUGAAGGAUAUCAGCCACCCAUGUCUUGACUCGGACAUAGAAUUAGAGGAGAUGAUCGUAGAACGCCUGGACGUCAAGGCAGGAUUCACUCUCACAGAUCCUCAAGAUCCUCGCUAUCGCAUAGUCGUUGAUAAUCGAAACCGUUUCGGGAAUGUAAUUCACCGUGCAGCUACGAUACUUCGACAAAGUCACGAAGGUGAAGACCACAUCGACGCGGUAAUUAUCGUGGUGAAAGCCAUCGAUACCUUCUUCUUGGACUAUGGUAUGACUAGAGGAGACUUCGACAAACUGCAAAAGAAUUAUUCGCAAGCGAGAGAUUUGAGUCGGACGUGGUCCAGGCAAAAGGAAAAUGCUCGCAUGGCCUGGGUUAAGCGUGCACAAGUCUAUCAUAGCGGCCGAGUCUACAUGCAUGCUCUGUAUCGUCGAAGGUCUGAACUGGACGAUAAGCUUCUCAGCAUCGACCUGGUUGAAUUCUGCCUUUCACCGUACACCAGGGUGCGACGCCUUGCCCAGGUCGCGUUGCACGGCGUUUGUGGGUAUUAUAUGCGAUCAACGAGGUUCAUCCUACCAUCUUUGCUCCAAGCCUUAACAAAAGGCAAUGAUCCUGAUCGUAUGAAAGGCGCCUUGUAUGUUUUGAAUAAUAAGGGUACUGGUACGAGCGUCCAAUAUGCAUAUUACCAGACCUUCCAUGGAAGAUAUUUGCUGUCCUUGCUCGAGUGCCAGCAUGAAGAGAAGGCGAUACAAAAUAUGGUUCGCACAGUGUCAAAGGAUUGUUUGGCAAAUUUAACGGAAGAGGUUGUACGCACUGCUGCCUACACUGACGAGAUGCCAGGUGUCCAGGCUGCCUCACGUGCCCUCCAGGAAGAAUUUUCGACUACAGUGGUUGAUGUGGCAUUGCAAAGUAAGGCAGUUGCAUUGAUCCCUGUUCGUGCUGCAAGGCGGGGGGAAGCAUACAAUAGCACAGUACGUCUUCUUCAUUCUAUCCAUGCAAUUAUUCACCUUACACGCACAUAUUUCACUCAGAUACAUUCCAUACUUCAAAUUGCAACACGUCCCACUACUCAUUGGAGAUAUACACAAAUGGCGAUGCAAUUCCUUUCUGGCUUGCUGCGCAGAGAUACUGUGACACUUCCACAAGUAGCAAACUUUUUUAUGAAACACGUCAUCAGUCCCCAGCCUGUCAUUCGGGCCACUGCUCAACAGGCUGUGGUGAAAUUGGCGACUUUCAUCAAGUUCCGCACGUAUGCAAAAUCCAGUGAUGAGUUAUGGCUAAGAGAAUGGCAGAAUCCACUUUCAAGGCAGUAUCAUAUCACUAAUCCCUCAAAGUUCCUCGAAAGUACAAGACAGCCUAUAGGGCAGGGCGGCAGGUACGUUACUGAGUCAUUUCCUUAUCAUUUGCUUACUGUUGGCAGCGAGCUUUACUUCGACAAAAUUUCCACCGGUUUCUUGGCUUGGUCCACUUCGAUAAAGGGUUAUGUAAAACAAGGAAAAUCGUCAAUCUCGUGGGAGAAGCAAUCAGAACCAACUCUAAGAGCUCUAAUAAGCACCGUAGAUAGAGACUUCUAUUUGAAACUGGCUUUACUCUGGGGCCAAGAAUUCACGAAGGCAGGUAACACAAAGGAAUUACGCACAGAGAAUAUCAACUUCGUCAAGACUAUAGCUAAGAUGUUCGAAGAUAACAAGUUAGACGACCUGCUAACUAUCCUAGAGCCAAUGCUGUGGAACUCGGAUAGGUUCCAACAAAAUGCUGCUGCUGAAAUAUUGGCUGGACUGUUACGAGGUUCCAAACACUGGCCCAAAUCCAAGUUGGAUUACCUCUGGUCUUGGAUUGUUUCUCGACUGGAUCGAAUAUACGCACAGAUCAAACCUGACACCCUUGUUUUCUGGGAACAUUUUUUGACUAGUACCCUUGAAGACCGUGACCCUCGUCGCAACCAGCCAUUGGUGGAUUGGAUAUUUGCCCUCCCGCUCGAAUUCCAUGGUGACUCUGCAUUUUCAAUGAAUAAAGCCCUUCUUGUGGUCACCAUGUUAAUUGAGACCAUGGGCGUUCGCUUCAAUUCAGUGUCGGAUCGCUAUGCCUCACUCUUCUUUGAUAAUGCCAACACAAGCUACGCAGAGAUCAGGACAGUGCUUGCCAACGCGCUUCGUGCGGUUAUGAUACAUCAAUGGCGGCCCUCGUAUCCUUCUGUAGAUGCAUUGUUGCAUGCCUGCAAAACGAUGAAAGAUCCUUUACACAUCCGUGACAAUUUGUACGGCAAACACGUCAACGAAACAGUGCAAAAGCUUUCCAAGUACAAAGGAGAGCGCCUCCCUCCUCCCCGUGUCAAUCAGUCAGAGUAUGACACCAUUAGUUUGACAAUGUUGUUAUGGGUAUGGAUAUCGUCCCAUGGACCACAAGCAUGUUUGGUUUUCCCUUCUGCUAUUUCCAUGCUACCUGAGAUAUUAAAGAUGUUGGAACUUAAUGAUAAUUCGGAGUUGCAAAAAUACGCUACUGGCGUUCUAUACGUGCUCUCAGCUGUACAUCUUCCGUCGGAGUAUGUCGGGGCAGUCCUCGAGGCACUUGUGUCAUCAAUCAAAGACUCGACGUCUUGGCGUAUCCGCUUGAAUGCUUUACCGGCUCUCGUCGUAUUUUUCUAUCGAAAUCUCUUGACCACCUCUUCUGAUGAUGUGUCAAGGGUGAUGGAUCUAUUGCUCGAUUGCUUGUCGGACGAAAAUGUUGAGGUUCGAGAAAUGUCGUCCCAGGUGCUGUCUGGGAUUGUGAGAUGUUCUCAACGACAAAGUAUUACUCCGUUGAAGAACCGGUUUGUUUCUAUGGCACGCAAAGUAAAACUUCCAGCGAGAACUCAGCCUCAAUACGCCGAAAAGCUAAGAUCGUUACAUUCCGCUAUAUUGGGUAUCUGUGCUUUGAUCGAAAGUUUCCCCUACUCUGUUGAAUCGUGGAUGCCUCCACUUACGGAAAUACUGGCAGUGCAUGCCACGGAUCCUCCGCCGAUAUCAACUACGAUUCGUAAAUGCGCGUCGGAAUUCAAGAAGACUCACCAGGAUACCUGGCAUAAAGAUCAGCUACAGUUCGACGAAGAUCAACUACAGAGUCUUUCUACCAUGCUAGUGGGCACCUCGUAUUAUGCGUAGCUCUUAGAUUGGUCUAUUAUGAUGUAUAGAAGUGUAAUUGUUCGAGUAAAAUGUUAUUGUAUCGAUGAUUUUCAUUUUC